AUGUCUUUAUUUUCUCUCUUUCUCUUCACACUUCUUUUCUUAGUAUCAUACACAACUUCACAACUUCAAGAGUUUAUAAGCAUUGAUUGUGGAGGAACAAGAAGUAACUACACAGAUAUAGCCACAGGGAUUUCAUGGAUUUCAGAUUCUGAGAUAAUGAAAAAUGGUGAGACAGUGAAAGUGAAAAACCCUAAUGGGAACAAAGUUCAGUAUGAGAGACGCAGAGAUUUUCCUACGGACAGUAGAAAAUAUUGUUAUACACUUGAGACUGAGGAGAGAAGAAGGUAUUUGGUAAGAGCAAGUUUUCAGUAUGGAAGUUUGGAAAAUGGAGAUACUUACCCUCAGUUUCAGCUUUAUUUGGAUGCAACUAAAUGGGCUACUGUGUCAAUUUAUGAUGAUUCGAGAGUUUAUGUUAAGGAAAUGAUUUUUAGGGCACCUUUGAAUUCUGUUGAUGUUUGUGUUUGUUGUGCUACUACUGGUUCUCCUUUUAUAUCUACUCUUGAGCUUAGGCCCUUGAAUCUUUCUAUGUAUGCUACUGAUUUUGAGGAUGAUUUCUUCUUGAAAGUGGCUGCAAGAAUUAAUUUCGGUGCUCCAACUGAGGAUGCUGUUAGGUAUCCAGAGGAUCCAUAUGAUAGAAUAUGGGAGUCGGAUCUUGUAAAAAGACAAAAUUAUCUUGUUGGAGUAGCAACAGGCACAGAAAGAAUUAGCACAACAAGGAACAUAGGAAUAGAGACAAGAGAAUACCCUCCAGUUAAGGUCAUGCAAACUGCAGUUGUUGGCACAAAAGGAUUACUUAGCUACAGACUCAACUUAGAAGACUUUCCCGCGAAUGCUAGAGCUUAUGCUUACUUAGCAGAAAUUGAAGAUUUGGGUCAGAAUGAGACUAGGAAAUUCAAACUGGAGCAACCUUAUAUACCUGACUAUAGCAACGCAGUGGUGAACAUAGCUGAGAAUGCUAAUGGUAGCUACACCCUUUACGAACCAAGUUACAUGAAUGUGAGUCUUGAAUUUGUUCUUUCCUUCUCGUUUAAGAGGACGCGCGAUUCUACUAGAGGGCCUCUACUAAAUGCUAUGGAAAUAAGCAAAUAUCAAGAAAUUGCUUCGAAGACCUUCAAGCAAGAUUCAAAUUCUGUAAGUACAUUUGCAUCCUUGUCUGAUGAAAUUAUCCCGAAGAACGAAGGUGAUCCUUGUGUUCCAACUCCAUGGGAUUGGGUGAACUGUAGUUCCGGUACACCUCCAAGAAUUACAAAGAUAAACUUGUCAAGAAGGAAUGUGACCGGUGAAAUUCCACAAGAGCUCAACAACAUGGACGCCUUGGAAGAAUUGUGGUUAGAUGGAAACUCGCUUACCGGAAAUUUACCUGACCUGAGCAAUCUAAUCAAUCUAAAGAUUGUACAUCUAGAGAACAAUAAGUUGGCCGGUUCACUACCGCCUUACCUCGGUAGCUUGCCAAGUUUACAAGCAUUGUAUAUACAGAAUAACUCAUUUAUCGGGGAAAUACCAGCAGGAUUAUUAUCUUCAAAAAUCACUUUCAUCUAUGAUGAUAAUCCUGAACUACAUAGAAAGAACAAAAAGCAUUUUCAUUUGAUAAUAGGAGUUUCAAUCGGAGUACUAGUGAUUCUAUUAGUCUUGUUCAUAGGGAGUUUGUUGUUAUUACAUUACCUAAGGCGAAAGGCUUCUCAAAAGAAAAGUGAUGAAAAAGGUAUUCCGGGACGCAGUAAAACUAAACAUUUAACCGGAUACUCUUUCGGCCGAGAUGGGAAUUUAAUGGAUGAAGGUACUGCAUACUAUAUUAAUCUCUCGGAUUUGAGAGAAGCUACCGACAAUUUUUCAAAGAAAAUUGGAAAAGGAAGCUUUGGAUCUGUCUAUUAUGGAAAAAUGAAAGACGGAAAAGAGAUCGCAGUUAAGACCAUGACUGAUCCAUCAAGCCAUGGGAACCAUCAAUUUGUAACUGAGGUAGCCCUACUAUCAAGAAUUCAUCACAGGAACUUGGUUCCUCUGAUCGGAUAUUGCGAAGAAGAAUAUCAGCAUAUUCUUGUUUACGAGUAUAUGCACAAUGGCACUCUAAGGGAUCACAUUCAUGAAUGUUCGAGUCAGAAGCAAUUAGACUGGUUAAUUCGGCUUCGAAUUGCAGAAGAUUCUGCCAAAGGUCUUGAAUACUUACACACAGGCUGCAAUCCUAGUAUCAUUCAUCGAGACGUAAAGACAAGCAACAUUCUCCUAGACAUCAAUAUGAGAGCAAAAGUGUCAGAUUUUGGACUCUCGAGACUAGCCGAAGAAGAUUUAACUCAUAUAUCAAGUGUUGCAAGAGGAACUGUGGGAUACCUGGAUCCUGAGUACUAUGCAAAUCAGCAAUUGACCGAAAAGAGUGAUGUAUACAGUUUUGGAGUUGUUCUAUUGGAACUGAUAUCCGGAAAGAAACCGGUGUCACCAGAAGAUUAUGGUCCAGAAAUGAAUAUAGUUCAUUGGGCACGAUCGUUAAUUCGGAAAGGGGAUAUAAUAAGCAUUAUGGAUCCUUUGCUAAUUGGAAAUGUGAAAACUGAAUCAAUUUGGAGGGUUGCUGAAAUAGCCAUGCAAUGUGUAGAACCACAUGGUGCCUCUAGGCCAAGGAUGCAAGAAGUGAUUUUGGCAAUACAAGAUGCUUCUAAGAUAGAGAAAGGAACAGAAAGUCAAAUGAAAGUAUCAUCCUCAGGUGAUUCAAAACCACAAUCUUCAAGGAAAACUUUGCUUACAAGUUUUCUUGAAAUUGAGAGCCCUGAUUUGUCAAAUGGAUGUCUUCCAUCAGCAAGAUAG